CGCUUGGUUGAAAUCGUUGACAAUUAUAGCCGAUUCGACGACUCGACUGCAAACAAAAAAUUAAGAGCCAACGUACGUGGGUGUAUGGUGUAUACGGGUACACUGGAGCGAAAGUUUGCUAUGCUAAGAAUUACAACGUCCAUAUUCAGACGACACAGCUUACUUUCACACCUUUCUGUUUGUAAUUCUUUUUGUGAUAUGUCUCCUGGUGUUGAGUCACCUGCUAAGAAGCAGAAAAUGGAGGUAGAUAGUGCUGAGGACCCCAUGCCAAUGGACGUUUCUGUUUUGCGAUUCAAGAGAGUAUCUCCAGAUGCAAUCGCUCCCGUUCGAGGUUCCGAGCAUGCUGCUGGUUUCGAUCUGUAUAGUUGUGAGAGUAAGGUUGUAAAAGCCAAGGAUAAAGCUUUAAUUCCAACUGGUCUCCAAAUUGCUCUGCCUGAAGGCUGCUAUGGAAGGAUUGCUCCAAGAUCAGGAUUGGCAUCAAAGCAUUUCAUUGAUGUUGGAGCUGGUGUAAUUGACAGAGACUACAGAGGGGAUGUCUAUGUACUUCUAUUCAAUUUCUCCAAUGCUGACUUUGAAGUGAAGAAAGGAGUAAGGAUAGCACAGUUGAUUUGUGAGCGUAUUCUCAUGCCGACAUUAGUUGAAACGCAAACAUUAGAUGAGACUUCACGAGGAGAAGGGGGCUUUGGAUCUACAGGGACAAAGUAACUAGUAGGAAAUCUAGAAUGCGGUCUGUAACAUUGGACAGUGCUGUACAAGUAGAAUUUUACAAGCUUUUCCCAUUUUUUUUUUUGGGGGGGGGCUACUGAUUUCACAUAAUGUUGAAUCAUGCUAUGGGUACUUCUUUUUUACCAGAAAACUUGCAGUCCUGAUAUUAGGGGCAAGCAACCUAUGAAAUAAUAGCUUACCUAUAGUGUGUCCAAGAAAAAACAAACAAACCUGGGAUUCCCAUGUUUUUUUUUUCUUCAAAGGCAAAUGAAUUAUGGUAUUUCAUUUACAUCAGCAUACAAUUCAAUUAUUCCUCUAUAUUUUGAUAGCUGAUAUGAGACAAACUCUUUACACAUCAAUGAACAACAAGAGUUUGUAAUUUUAAUGUCAAAUCAGGUUGCGCAGAGCAGAAAAAUUGGACUAGAUUUGUUUAACGAUGCGAUGAUUGUUUAACGAUGCGAUGACUGUUUAUUCAACCGUUGGCUCAUUAGCAUUUCUUUUAUAGUUUCAGUCACUCAUCUCUAUAAUGAGAAUGAUUUUAGAUUCAAGUGCAAGUUUCUGCACAAAUUGUCUUUGAUAUGCCUCAAUAUUCAUAUUGAAGAGAUUCCACUCUUGAAGUGUCAAAUUUAUAGUAAAAAAACUUCUAAAUUGAUGUUCUAAGAUCAUGAAAUCUGAAAUAUGCAGAAAACACAGCCCAAUUCAGUUAAGUAAUUCCAUACAUUGUAGAUAGUUUAGAUUUGUAUUGACAACAAUUUAUCAAACUGAGGGAAAAAAAAUUGUUCGAUAUGUAUAAAGCAAAGAAAAUUUCUUUGUCCAUUU